UUAUGGAUCCCAAUAUGGAAAGAACGAAAAGAUAUUUAACCCGACUUGCGAAUGCCCACAUCCAUACCGCUGGAAAGAACAAACAAACUCAAAGAAAAGCGCGUGCGAUAACCAACUCAAAUAUCGCUAGUAACAAUUUUACUAGAGAGAGACACAGUCUGAGGGUGACUGUGAAUAGUUAAACACCACUAACUAUGGAAAGAUUGAAUUUGUAACGAUGUCUAAAGAGGAAUUAAUAUCGUCACUUUAUCCACCACCUCCUCCUUAUGUCAAAUUUUUCAGUGAUGAGAAUUUGAAUCAACUUGAGGAAUGGAAGACGACGAAGCAUAGUCAUGAGAAGGAGAAUGUGAAUGAUGAAGAUAAUGAUAAUGAAAAUGAAAAGGAAGUUGAUAAUAAAGCUGGAAAUGAAGAUGAAGAUGAACAAGUACCACCUGGUGAAUUAAGAUUUCUUAUACCUCCCAAACCACCUUCUGGUACUCAUUAUAGAGGGUAUGGAAAUUUAUGGUCAUUUGAAGAUAAAUUACCUAGUUUAAAAGAAGCAAAUUGGGAACAAUUAUAUAGUCAUGAUGAUGAAACCAUAACAUCCGAAUUAAAAAUUAAAGAAUUACAUAAAUUAAUGGAUUCUUUAUUAUUAAAUUUUUAUGAAUUAAUUGGAAUUGCCAGUAUAGAUCCUCAACAAUAUCAAAAUAAAAUUAAAGAUAUUUCACUUAUAUUAAUUAAUAUUAAUCAUUUAUUAAAUACUUAUCGUCCUCAUCAAUCACGAGAGAGUUUAAUUAUGUUAUUAAAGAAACAAAUUGAUGUUAAACAAAAGGAAAUUAAUCAAUUAACUACAGUAACAAAUGAAAUUAAAUCAAAAAUAUUAAAUUUAGUUCAACUUGAUGAAUUAAAAGAUCGACAAGCCAUUGAAUUUGAUCAAUUCAAACAUAAUAUAACAAAGGGAGAUACCGAUAAGAAAACUCAAUUAAAAGACGAUAUAAUAAGGAAACUACUAGCUGAGGUUUAAUAAUAAUAAUAAUAAUAUUAAUAAUAUUAAUAAUAAUGUAUUAUAUAUGUAUGUAAAAUUACUAGGUUUUAGAAAAGUGUAAUGUAUGAU